AUGCGGCAGGAGAUGCUGUACGGAUGUUCAGCGAUACCUCCAGUGUGAGCGUGGAUGGCGACACUCGUCGGCGACGCCUUUGACCCUUAAACUCCCGGUCCCCCGUGCGUGCUGCGGUGCCACGGACAACACCGCUACGUGGCCCCCUACUACAACGCCGCUCUUGUGAAGGCCGUACGAAGGAGGGGGUUCACCCCGCCGUGUCGCUUGUCUUCGUGUGGGUUGGUCCUCAGCAGGCGUGCUCGCUCGACCUUUGCUCGACCCCACCACGCCCUGCGGCAGAGGGACAUGAACUUCUUGGAGGAGGAGCUGACGUGCCCUGUGUGCUACUCGCUGUUCGAGGACCCGCGGGUGCUGCCAUGUUCGCACACGUUCUGCCGCGGCUGCCUGGAGGAUAUCCUGCAGGGGUCCUUGCACCUCUCCCCGUGGCGUCCACUGCGGACCCCCUUCAAGUGCCCGUCGUGCCGUCACGUGUGCGAGCUGCCCCUGACGGGCUUCACCUCGCUGCCCGUCAACUUCUCCCUGCGCAACAUCGUCGACAAGUACCGCACCUCGACGGAGCGAGAUGGCGCCGCGCCGCCGUGCCCGGAGCACGCGAGCGAGCCGCUCAACGUGCUGUGCGUCGACUGCUGCACCCUCGCGUGCGGCCGCUGCCUCACGCUGGGCUCCCACCGCGGCCACCGCAUCGACGCCCUCGACUCGGAGGCCGAGCGCCAGCGGGCGCUGCUGCACACCCUGCAGCUUGCACUGCAGGAGGAGGACCGGUGGCAGCUGGCUCGCUCUCGCCUCGAGAGGCUGGAGAAGGUGCAGGCCGCGGUGCAGGAUGCCAUCGCGCGCGACGCGCUCCUCGUGUCCUCCUACUUCGAGGGCCUGCAGCGGACGCUGAGCGAGAAGCGGCUCUCCGUGCUCGACUACCUCGGGGAGCUCGGCACGUCGCUGGACCACGAGACGGCGCCGCGGAUCCGCCGCCUCCGGCAGAUGAUCCAGGACCGCCAGGAGGCCCUGGCUCUGGCGGCGGCCCUCGCGGAGGUGACGGACCCGCUGACGUUCGUCCAGCAGAUGGGCAGCUUACGCGAGAAGGUGGCCUCCCUGCAGGGCGAGGCCCUCCCGUCGGCGACGCUGAACCUUCCCGAGCUGCCCAGGGCCCAGGACUACCUGCUCAGGGACUGGGCCGACGUGGCCCUGCGCGGCCUCGCGGACGCCCCCGUGCCGCGGCUGCCGGCGGCGCCGGAGGAAGCGCCCCCGAGCCGCCCCGCGGGAUUCGCGGCCGCCGCCGCCGCCGUCGUUUCGCGCUGCGGGGCGGCCCUGGCCGGCGCCGGCAACGCGACGAGGGAUUUCGCGCUCGACCUCCCCGGCGGAAUCCAGAAAAUCUGGCGCGCCGCCGAGCGGCCGCGGCCGGCCCUCCGGCCGUCCUCCUUCGCCGCUCCGCCGCCGCCGCCGCCGCCACCGCCGCUGCUGCUGCUGCUGCUGCUGCUGGCGCUCGCCGCCUCGGUGCUCCUGUGCGGCUGCGCUCGCGACCCUCCGGCGUCGGCGUCGGCGUCGGCGCUGGCGCGCGCCCGCCGCUGCGUCUGCGAGCCGCUGAACGGCGCUCGCCUCUACCUGUGGGAGGAGGCGAGCGCCUCUAUCUGUCACCUGCGGGAGCUCGCGGGGAAGUGGCUGCCCCUCGGCGGAGGCUGUGCCGCGGUCGGCGCGCUCCUGGGCGCCGUGGCGGAGCGGCUCGGCGCCCUCUCCGCCCGUGCCCUCGCGGCUCUCAGAGAGCUGGUGGGGAUUUGAGAGCUGGUGGGGAAUUGAGAGCUGGUGGGGAUUUGAGAGCGGUGGGGAAUUGAGAGCGGUGGGGAAUUGAGAGCGGUGGGGAGGGGGGGGGGGUGUGGCAGUAUGGGGAAUGUUUCGCCGAUGUCGGCCCCGUCUCUCGCCACCUCCGUUUUGGUCCUCCUCGGCACAAUGGCAGUGCGGCCACGCUCGAGCUCGCGAGCAGCCGUGUUCGAGCUUCAGCUUUCUUCUUUAUUGCAUUCGUGCGCCCCCCCCCCCCCCCCGCCGCC